UUCCUGUCUCCCGAACCGGCAAGGUCUGCGGGGUUUCCUGCCAAGCUGAAAGCGCAAUGGAGGCGGGCAGGAGGUAUAAAAAGCCGGGGAGAUGGGGCAGCAAGAUCAGAACAAGCAAAGCAAAGGAGUUGAAAAAGGAUCCCCGAGAAGAAGCCACCAGCCCCACGGAAGAAGGAGCCACCCGCCAUCCAGACCGACAUCAGGGAUUUAGGAGAUCCGUCCCGGAGCGCUCCCGUUCAUCCUCUCAUCCCGUCGAAAAGGACUUGAUCUUGAGCUCUCGUCGGACAAAAUGCUGCGGCGCGGCUUCGUCCUGCUGUUUGCCUGGCUGUCGGCGGCCAACUUUGGGGCUGCCUUCCCCCAGGACGCCCUGAAGAAGGGCUGCAGUCUGUUCAAGUACCGUUUCCUUGAGCCCCAGGAGAUGAAGGCCAUGAUGAAGAUGAAGGAGCACUUUGAGGGCAUCCCGCUGCCAUCAGACCACAGAUGCAACAUCAGGCUCUUCCAUCGGAAAUGGGAGUCAGAGGAGCUAUCGGUGCCCGACAGAAUGAUGCUGGUGAAAGCCGAGCUGGAUCUCAUCACCGACAUGCUGGAGCUCCUCGACGACCACAGCUUCACCGAGACCCACCAGAGGCCCCUGGCCUUGCUCACCCAAGCCCAGGAGGACCUGCGAGUCUGUAUGGCCACGGAGGCUCCUUCGCAUCAGCCCUCCAAGAAGCUGAGACACUGGCUGCAGAAGCUGCAGAUAGCCAAGAAAACGGAGACCACGAGCUGCCUGACGUCCUCUGCCAUCUUCCACCUCUUCCAAGUGUUGGAUGACCUGCGGUGCGCAGCCGGACAGGAGCCAUGCGCUUAGUCCCCGCCGGCAGCGUGGCUGGCAUGGCACGACAC